AUGCAUGGCUCACUGCCGCCAUCGGCUCCCGAUGAAGUAUUGGUGGCGCCUGUUUCCGACGAGUUAGAUGAAAUGUCGGUCGGUUGCACCAGUUGGCAGCUGCUGUCGGUCUCGUUACAUCGGGCAGUCACACUAGGCUUCGGCAUUGCUGUCUCUGGAGGUCGUGACAAUCCACAUUUCACCUCUGGUGAUCCUGCGGUUGUGAUUUCUGACGUAGUGCCAAACGGACCAGCCUGGGGACUGCUUCAAGUGAACGACCGUAUUCUAUCAGCGAACGGCGUCUCAUUUGAAAGCAUCGACUAUUCGACCGCUGUAGACAUUAUAAAGAACGCUGAGCACAUAAAUAUGAUUGUUAAACGACGAGUCGCUGUUCCAAUAAUGGAGUUCGAACAGCGGACACUGAAAUUUACGCUGUCUAAAUCAAGAAAAAAAGAUGAUUUUGGGAUUGUAUUAGGCUGCAAAUUCUAUAUUAAAGAGAUUCGAAAUCCAAAAUUAGCAGAAAAGGACCCAGGAUUGAGAGAGGGUGACUCGGUGUUGCGAAUAAAUGGGCAAAGCGUAGAAGGAUCAACACUUGAGGAAGUGAACAAGUGGUUGGAGAGAUCCAGAGAAAAGCUAUGUCUCGUAAUUCAACGAGAUGUUCGACGUGGUAGUAGCAGAUGGCCAAGCCAGAAUACGGUAUACGAACGGGUGGGAUCCGUUUCGGCGACUCCACGUCAUAGCCCUAGCCCCAUGCUACAGCACCAACCGUUAUCGCAAAGAUCCUCACACGAAUACAUCAAUUCCCCACGUUGGCGUGACGGUAACUUAAUCGAUGAACGAAGAGUGUCAAGCCCUGCAGUUUCCACUUUCCCAGCAAACACUCACGCAGCUCAAGCACAAUCCACUCCAUUUCCCGUGCCUAUGGGCGAAUACGAGUACUAUAGUAGACAGAAACCGAAACCAGACCAAAAUGGAGUGCGUACUGUAACGUUCAGAAAGGUUGGCGGUAGUGUUGGUAUACGGGUAAUUGGUGGCAACGAAGUUGGUAUUUUUGUCUCAGCGGUGGCGGCAGAUUCGCCAGCGGCUUUACAUGGCGUUUGUUGUGGAGAUCGAAUAGUUGAGGUCAACGGUCGACCUAUGCGUGGAAUUACUCGAGAGUCGGCCGUUCAACUUCUUCUUGCCCUUGAUGAUCAUGUGUCUCUACGAUUGGAACAUGCUCGACAGGAUUUCGAGCAUGUCCGGAACAGUCAGCUUGGAGAUAAUUUCUACAUAAGGUCACAUUUCACUAAAGAGAAAAAAUCAAGUCCAUUGGAAUUAUCAGUUAGCGAUGGUGACAUUUUCCACGUUACCGAUACAUUGUUUGGUGGAACAGUAGGUCUUUGGCAAGCUGCCAGAGUUUACUCAGCAAACGCAAACAAAGGAGAACCACCAAAAGGUGUGAUUCCAAAUCAGUCAACCGCCGAGUCCAUCGCUCGCGAACAGCGUCGACUAGGCGAAUCGAAGGGGCGUGGUGGAACACUGCUGAGGCGUAAACUGGAAUCUCGUCGGACGAAAUCGCUACCAAAAAAUGUGCUAGCUGAUCCGGCAGAGCUCUCCUCUAGUAUUCCACCACCUGCUUAUGAAAGAGUCGCUCUGAACACACCCAGCUUCCACAGACCCGUGGUUCUCUUCGGACCAUUGGCCGACGUGGCUCGAUCGCAUCUGCUUAGCCAAUUCCCAAACCGAUUCGCUGAACCAUCGGCAAGUGAUUACUGUGGUGGAGGUGGUGCAGGAGGCGGAUCCGGAGGUGGAGUGAUUCGACUCGCUGCACUGGACAGUGUUAUCGCUGCCGGCAAGCACUGUGUGCUGGACAUAAGUCUAGAAUCGGUGGAACGAUUGCAACUGGCUCAAUAUGCUCCGAUUGUGGUUUUGAUUGAUGUGGACGGAAGAUCACGGAUUCGGGAGAUACGGAAGAAGCUAAACGCUCCUCAUCUUUCGUCGAGAAAACUGGCUGAUCAAGCGGCGCAAAUCAAAAAACAUCAUGCACACCUUUUGUCAGCUACGGUAGAUGCGACGAAUGAGGAGGCAUGGUUCGAUGCACUUCGUGAUCUAGUCAUCCAUCUACAGCAACGACGGCUGUGGAUGCCGGAAUUCCCGCCUAAUUUGCCACUUGAGGAUGUGCUUUUAUUCCCGUUGUCCUCAAAAGGCAUCAAUUAUGACUCCGACAUGGAGUCCUCGAAAGGAGACUACGGGGACUACUGUAUGCGCAGAGAAGAUAGUACUACUAGGGGAGGUCCACCUGCGGCUACGAUGACCAGAUCCAUCUACGACUGGGACAAUAGUCAAUCGAUGGGAGCAUCGUCGAUCAUCGAUUCUCCGCAUUCAAGUGAGCUCACACGUACAGGUCCCAUUGGUUGGGUGACUUUGCCUCGACGUGGUGCCGCUGAGUCGAGCGUUGACGCACCGGCGAAGCCGCAUCGUGGCAUGACAAACGUGGAUGUCCGACCUACUAACACUGAAAAACGUGGCUCGUUACCGGCUAACAACGGUGGACCGUCGACGCAUACAUCCAGUAGCGCGUCUCGUGACGAAACCCCUCAUUCACCGGUCAAGGAGCCGUCAUCGUCGUCGUCGCAACUCACAAACGGGCAUGAACUACCUAACGGUCGACAGCCCAAUUCUCCAGGAUACUAUCAUGUGAAGCAGUUGUUAAAUGACGAUUCACUCUAUCACGAUGCUCGACUGGCGAAUGAAAUUGCGAAUGUUCGACUACGUGAAGAGGCAAGAUUACGAGAUGAUAGAGUUCGAGGUGAACAAAGACUUCACGAUAGGCCACAGGUCCCACUACAACCGCCAAAUCCUGACAUGUAUUCACCUCGUGAGGAGAAACCACAACCACAAACGGUUUCGUUCGGUAAUCAUCAAUCAUUAGCCGACAGUGGUGCACCACCGAAUCGAUUCCCUCGAGGAUCCUCUCAACCUGUUAGUCGUCCCACAAUUGCUCCCAAACCUCAUGUGUACACAGAAGGUGUUGUACGAAAUCGGUGGCAAGAUAGUGCUACUCCAGAGCCGAUCUCUCGUAUGGACUCACCAAGCAUAGCUUCUAAUGGCCUAUCAGUAGCGCAGUCGCCGAGACCACAGGAGCAACCACGAUCUAAUGGCUCCAAUGGAUAUACUAAUGGCAAUUCAUCCACAAGUACUAAUGGAAAUGGGCAAACGUCUUUGAUUGAAAGAAAUGGAAGUCCACGAAAAGGAGACGUAAAUAUUCAUCAUGAAAACCAAUCUACUGAUGUCGCGAAUGUUGAGGAACCAACAAUAGUAGAGGAAACAAAUGCGGUGAUAGGGAAUGAUGGUGGCGUGUUGAACUGUCCAGCAUCUGGUGUUGAACUUCGAAUCCCAAAAGGAGCUAUUCCUCCGGGAGAAACGCAUGAAAUCUAUGUGAAGGUAUGUCGUGACGGCGAAUCCCCACCGAUAGAUAAGUCGAAAGGAGAAACGCUGCUGUCCCCGCUAGUAAUGUGCGGCCCUCAGGGUCUAACAUUCCUUACCCCAUGCGAGCUCCGACUACCACAUUCCGGGCCUGUGGACGGUGACGGUCAAUGGUCGUUCUCGUUAAAAGCUGGUGAAGGCGGUGAAUGGCAACAAAUGGACGUACAACCGCAGAAAACCGCCGGUUCUUCCGACAAACAUCACGUAUUCGGCACUGAAGCCCCUUCUGAGCUAUCUGUGCGCGCCUGGUUCCAGCGCUUCAAAGCCGGAAACCAGAAGCUCGAAGAUGAGCCUCGCUCUGGUCGACCGACUGCAAUAUCGCUCGACGAACUGAAGAAUCUGGUGGAGCAGCAUCCAUAUGAAGGUGUGCGGUAUUUUGCUGCCAGUCUUGGCCGUUCGCUGUCCACCGUGAGCAAUGGACUGCGAUAUCUCGGAAUGGUGAAAAAACUCGGUCAGUGGCUCCCACAUGCAUUCAGCGACGGCAACCGCCAGGGACGCCCGGACAUCUGCACUCAGCUGCUCUCCAGAAGCCGCCGAUUCGGCUGGCUGGACACCAUUGUCACUGGAGAUGAAAAAUAG